AUGCAGCCGGGCCUAACAGAAUGCAAUCCCUGCCCAGAUUUAAAGGAUUUUGGAACUACAACUCAACCAAAGAUGUCUUCGUGGAAGCUGCUGGUUCUGGUCUUGUUCCUCUCCACACAGCUCAUCGAUGCAGUUGUGAGGAAAGAAGACCUGGCUAGAUUUGUGAAUGAACUUCUGAACGUAUACAUGCCAACGAUACCUGCAGGCCAUCAUUUUCCUGAGGGGCCAUCUGUGGGAGGUGGUAGGAGAACAGGUCCCACAGGUCAUCUAGAGCCUCCCAUGUUCAGUCUGGCCAUUAGUAUCCCGCAGAAUGCCUUUGGAAGACACAACUUCAGCGAAGUGAUCGCCGCUGAUCCUCCCGCAAACGUGCGGAACGCCAUGGACCGCUGCCAGGUGUACAAUGGCACUCGAGUGGUGGCUUCAACACUGCUAAAGUAUCCAGACUUCAUAACACGCUGUCCUAACGAGCCCAUAACCUGGGACUACGUCAAGCAGAAGUGUCCCACACUUCAGCGCUGGGGGGAUUUUGAACAGGUCGACGGCCUCCGCAGCAGCGACCUCAUGCUGUUUUACACGUACAAGUCGCCAUGCAGCUCACGCUGCUGCAGCUCAGACAACACCUUCAACAUCAUCAACAAACUGGCCGGCAGUAUUCGUCGCUGGAAUAAUUACGCUGUGGUGUUUUCUAAAAUCUUUGUGCCGGGCAGAACUUCGUCCACAGGGGAUCAACUGGAGCAGGACCGUCGCACCGCGCUGCUAAACCUCGGGAACGGUAUCGGCGGCACGGCUAACAUCUACCGCUGCACCCGGGGCUCGAGCGCCUGCUACAGCUGCAACGCUCCAGACGGGAUCAACAACGACUGUGUGAGAACCCCACGCAGCCCCAGUGCUCCCCCUGGUGGGCACUGA